AUGAGCGAUCAGAGCUUGGGCGUUUCCUUUAGGGAUAAGUAUAAAGGAGACGGCGCCAAUAGUACCCAUACUAACCAGCUUUCUUUAAGUACAGAUAAUAAGACUCUUAAAGAUGAUAAUGUAUCGAAAGAAGAAAAACUUAAAAAACGCCGAGAGAGGUUAGCUGCCUAUCGUUUACAGAAAGAAAAAGAACUUGGGAGAGAAACUAAUAACACUACCAACGCUGUUGACUUAGAGGAGGAAAAAAAGCGUCUUCUUGAACAAAAGAUCGAGGAAUGGAAGAAGAAAAGAUUACAGACCGCAGAAUCCGAAGAGCAAAAAUCAAGCACACGAUAUGAUCAAGCUGGAACAAAGAAGAACAAAACGAGUAUAUCAGUGAAAAAGCUCAAAACUAAGAUUAAUCUUAUUCCUAACCAAAAGAAAAGACUUCGCUUUGAUCAAGAAGACGAAGAUCCAGGUGACUUGAAAAAGACAUUCAAAAAGCCCAUUUUAUCUCUGAAUUCGUAUAAUGAAAUUAAUAAAGAAUCAGACAGGAAGGAAACAGCUGAUGAGUUAGAUGCUUUCCUUGAUAGUCUUAACGAUCCUCAAAAGACACCCGUACCGACUGAAUUCUCCCAUGAAAGUGCUCUUGAGACGACUAAUGCCAAAGAUAAUGAGGAAGAUCUAAACGGAGAGUAUAGCGACUCCGAUGAAGAGCUAAAUACUGAAGAGGAGCAACGAAGGAUCCUUACAUCGAAACUCUCUAAGCUCCAAAAUAAAGAGAAAGAUUUAGAAAAAAUUGAUCAUGAUACUAUUGAUUACAAACCAUUUAGAAAAAAUUUUUAUAAGGAACCUUUUGAAGUAAAAUCAUUAGCUGAUCAUGAUGUAGAAUCAUGGAAGCUUGAACUAAGUGGUAUAAAGACAAUCGGCAAAGAUUGCCCGAAGCCAAUUUUCAAAUGGUCACAAUUGGGGUUACCCUCUCAAAUGAUGAGCAUUAUUGAGGACAAGUUAGGAUAUGAACAUCCCACUGCUAUUCAAUGUCAAGCUUUGCCAGCCAUUAUGUCUGGGAAAGAUAUUAUUGGUGUGGCCAAAACAGGCUCUGGGAAGACAUUAUCCUUUGUACUUCCCAUGAUACGACAUAUUCAAGACCAGGAGUCAUUGAAAAAAGGAGAUGGUCCAAUAGGUCUCAUUUUAGCCCCCACAAGGGAGUUAUCAUUACAAAUUUACCGUCAAUUGGCUCAUUUUUCCAAAAAACUCCAAUUUACUGCCAGUUGCAGCUACGGAGGUGCUUCAAUUGAACCUCAAAUAGCUGACCUUAAAAAAGGAGUUGAAAUAAUUGUUGGGACUCCGGGUAGAGUUAUAGAUUUAUUGGCAGCUAAUGGGGGUAGAGUCACAAAUCUUAAAAGAGUAACAUUUUUAGUUUUAGACGAAGCGGAUAGAAUGUUUGAUUCAGGGUUUGAACCUCAAAUUUUGAAAAUUAUUUCCCAGAUUAGGCCCGACAGGCAAACAGUUUUAUUUUCAGCAACUUUUCCAAAAAAGAUGGAACUAUUGGCCAAGAAGCAUUUAAAUAAUCCUAUUCAAAUAAUUGUCGGAGGAAUCAGUGUUGUUGCACCUGAGAUAACUCAAAAAGUUGAGCUUUUCGAUGAAGCAAACGAAUCCCAAGAUUUGGAAAGUCAUAAAUUUGAAAGGCUCGUAUCAAUUUUAAAGGAGACAACCGCGUCGGAUAUUAGGUGCAAGAUUUUAAUAUUUGUUGAGAGACAAUCUGCUGCAGAUGACUUGUUAGUAAAAUUAUUAUCUGAGGGGCUUUCAAGUUUGGCAAUACAUGGAGGAAAAGACCAAGUAGACCGUAAGCAUGCAAUCAAGGAUUUUUCAUCUCUGACGACUGGAAUUAACAUUUUAAUAGCUACGUCUAUUGCUGCAAGGGGAUUAGACGUUAAAAAUUUAAAACUUGUCAUCAAUUACGACCCUGCUAAUCAUCUAGAGGAUUACGUACAUAGGGUUGGUAGAACGGGAAGAGCAGGAAAAAAAGGCACUGCAAUCACGUUUGUAUCAUCUAGCCAGGUAAAGGCAAUAGCUGACCUAGUGAAGGCAAUGACUUUAAGUAAAGUUCCUGAAGAUCAAAUCCCACCGAAACUAGUUCAGAUUAAUAAGGAGUUCUUGGAACAGGUUAAAACGGGAAAGACAAAAUCGAGCUUUGGAUUCGGUGGCAAAGGCUUAGGAAACUUACAAGAAGUAAGAGAAACGACCAAGGAGCUCCAAAGACAAGCUUUUGGUAUUGUAUCGAAUGAUAAUAAUUCAAGCAUAAAAAAAGAAGACCAAGAUACUCCUGGACCAAAUCAUUCUGAAUCGGAUGACAAUAAGGAGCUUUUUAAAUUUGAAAUAAUAGAGGGAAGGGCUCCUGAAACUUCCGGUCCUGAUAAAUGUAAAUUCCAUACUAGAAUCACAAUCAACGAUUUGCCUCAAAAGGCUAGAUGGGUGGCCGUAAAUGGCAAUAAUUUGUCGAAAAUAAUUGAAUCAACAUCCACAUCUAUUACAAGUAAAGGUCAAUUUUAUCCACCAAACGCUAAAAUACCAAAGCCCACAGUGAAGAAUGGAAAAGAAGUUCCUCCUGUGCCUAAAUUGUAUUUACUAGUAGAGGGAUUGACUGAAAACUCUGUAAAAGAAGCUAGUAAUAUGAUAAGACAAAAUAUGAUUGAGGGUUUAGAGAUAGCAGAGAAAGAACAGAUACGGGCACCUCCGAUGAAAUAUUCGGUGUAA